AGAAAAUUGCAGAAUAAAAAAAAACAGUAUUGAAAAUGGCGGAAGCGAUCUCCGUGGAAAGUACCACAGUGAAAGAUAAUCGAGUUGUAUUUUUUGAACAUCGUAAUCGUAUCAUAGAAAUUCCGAAUAGUUCAAGUUUGUCGCUACAAAUUAUUUUAUUCGUCAAUGUUUACCUGUCGCCAAUUUGGAUUCUGUCUUCAUUGCAGUUUUUUUACAUGCAUGCCUUUGAUGAGUCAGGCAAACAUAAUACCAUCAUUUUGGGUGCGGCUCUAUUUUUAAUUUCAGCUCCCCUGGAAGUUGGCCGCCUGUACUUGGGUUAUUCCGGGAACUUAAAUGAAAAGAUUGCCGAUUUUGCUGGAUUCUUAAUUCUAUCGCUAUUCAUACAGCAACCAAUUGCAAUUUUCUUUUUCUAUAUCGUGCAUAAAGCGAAAGUGUUUUGGCUUCAGAUCUAUUUGCAGCUGUUGGUCGCAGCUUUGAUAUUCUUUGAAAUCGUUAUUGGCUACAUUUCAAUGCGACGCAUGACCCGUUUAAAGGCACAACAAUUCCAUAUUCUAAUGUUAAUCGAGCAAAGUAAUAAAAAUCGAUAGACAAUCACACAUAAAUAAAAUUAAUCAUGGUAACAAAAAUAAAAUUAUCUGAAAUGAAAAACAUUCGCACAAUGGAUCGUCGAUAUCGUGAGAUUAGAACUAAUUGCAAAUCAUCAAAUUGACUUCGGACAAGUGAACUCGCAUUGAUUCCAAGAACUGGUCCAGUGCUUGCACAUUCUCGCGAUGAACGUCACCGGUGCCAAUCAAUUGCGAGCGAUUUGGUAACACAGUGUAGAUGAGCUGAAAUCGGAUGGAGAAAACAAUAAAAUGAUAAACUGAACUGGUUAAUCAGAGUCAUCAAGAACAUACCGAAAAAGAUUUUUGGAUGAGCCAGCUAUGGUAUUGCUUUAGAGUCACUGCAUAAGCAGCUUCAAUAUGCUUUUUCAGAUUUUCUUCGCAAUUUUUAUCUGCGACAACGUAUGAAAAGAAUUUUUCGAUCAUUUCGAGCGCUCUGCAAAAAAAAUUCAAAUUAGUGAAGGAAUAAGGAAAGUAGAUUUUUUUCUUAUUUUUAAGCAAGAAACUUGAAUUUAAAGAAAUAUAAUGUAUGGCGUGGAUGCCUACCUUUUAAGCCAUGUCAAUGCAUCUCUGGCACAAAUUUGUAC